UUUCAGGAUGCACAGAUAUGCUAAAAAGGAAGAGAUUGCUAACCUUGGAGGCCAGGAACUACUUUGUGGUGCCUUUAAUUCUUACCUGUCACUCCCAACAUUUCCCUGCUCCCUAUUCUUUGAUAAGAAGUGUCUCAGCUUUCUUGAGUUAUCUCGCUACGAAAAGAUACACUAUGACAAGAUCUACCAGCCAAUUUACAAAUGCACCGUCUGUGAUGUAAUCCCCACUAAAUCAGUAUUAUCAUCAAAGAAUUUUAAUGAAACAUGUCAAUUAGUGGAUCUGGCAUCAUUUUAUCAAUCAACAAUUUACUUCAGCUACAUUUUCAUAUCAGUUCUGAAUCAGUAUUUGCCAAGAAAACUUGCAGUCUGGAAUGAGGUAAUGAUAUUUUUCCAACGUCUUAGACAAUGUAACGGAUUCUCUGAAUAUCUCUGUUGGAUUGACUUAUACAAAGGUCCUUCAAAAGAAUCACAACAAGAUGUAAGGCUGAAAUAUUUUAGGCCUAACCAAAUAAAUCACAUAUCAUGUAUACCAUAUUCUGGGGCUUCGAAAAAACUUAUGGAGUCUCUUGUAAAGAAUAUUGCCUCUUAUUGGUAUCCCAGGUUAAAUUCUUACUCAGUGAAAAAUGAAUCUGGUGUGAGUGAUUGGGACCAUGUAGAAUUAAGAACUAUUUCAAGACAGUUCUUGGAAAAUUGCUCUGUUGAAGAAUUGAGGAACACUUUAAUCAAUAUUGUUAGCUAUGAAGACUUGUCUGGUCAUGUUUUUCAAAAUUUCUUGUUGAUAAAUAAGCUUUUUCAGCAAUGUAAAUAUCUCACUUUCAUUAAAGCAUGCUUUCCAUUCUAUGAUGGGUUCUCUCAUGACACAGUUGAUUGCUUAUGGGCAAACCGUUGUGCAUGGAAAGUCAUCAGUGAUUACCUUGUGUCUGGAAGUAAAAACUAUGUUUAUAUCCCAUCAAAUCUACUGGAGCAAAUCAAGAAGUCUUCCAAUCCUCCUUAUGACGACUUGUUUGAUGGAGCAGUAGAAUAUGCUAUAUUCACACUUGUUCCUUGCUUGCAUAGGUAUUUGAACAACUAUUUAGAUGUUUUUGAAAACAUUCCUGAGGAGUCAUUUUCUCAACUUCAACCUGAGGAAAACCCUGUUCGCGAGGACAUUAUUGAUGUUAUCGAUCUAGAUGACGAAAUUAUUGAAUGUGAAGCAGUAUCUAAUCCUAUUUCUAAAAAUGUUCCUAAAGAAAAUGCAGUAGUUACCAAAGAUCCGCAAGAAGAAAAAUCAUCUGCAACAAAUUCAGAAAAUCUUCUCUCAUCAAUUCUUAGAAGCAGAAGUGAGUAUGAACGAUUUAAAACUUUUCUUGGGUCACUUGUUUCUAAUUCUGACGAUCUUGUCAUCUCGAACUCGGACCAAUCUGUCAAUCCUUUGGUGGAUUUGGAUUGCUACAUUGACAUUGAAAAGUUCAAAUUAGCCAAAGGAAAGAUAUCAGCUAGAGAUGAAUUGGCAGCAUCUAUAAAGCAAUUGUAUUUGACCAAAAAGUAUUUCUUUGGGCCUUCAUCUCCUGCUCCAAGGAAUAUUCAAAUCAAGGUCCUUGGAGGGUCAGGCCACAAAAUGCCUGCUCGACCACCCUCACCUGUUGUUCUUGAAGUCCAGAAGUAUGUGCUCCUAAGAUUAAACAGUAAAUGGAUUAAGCAGUAUAAGUCAACUGAAGAAUUUCAAAGAAGGCAGGAUCGAGGUGGAAGUGCAUUAGCUCGCAGAAAAGUCAAUGACAAUGCACAAAGUUUUGUUUUUGUCGACUCAAAAGCCAGAGCGAAUGCACAUGACAUGCUUCAAUUGCGAAGAACCUUGAUUGAUCACUCAAAAUGUGAACCCUUGAAACGUUUUGCAAAAGCCAAAAAUGAUAGGCUCCUAAGAGACAUUGAAUUUUGGGUAGAAGUGCAGAGGUAUAAAGAUAUGCAUCACCGACACUCUUCAACUUCUCUCAUUCGAAAGAAAAUUGACACAAUCAUAGACUGUUUUCUAGAUUCCACGGUAUUUCCAAAAGUUCAGGUUAGUGUUCCAAACGACAUAGCUCACAAAAUAACUGAAAGUCGAUAUGAUCUUGGGCCUUAUAUUUUCCGACAAGCUCAAACGAUUGUGACGAAAGUGUUGUGCAAUCUGUGGAACGAAUUUAAUGCUUGGUGCGCAAAGUGCGACCACCAGCCGUUACCAAUAGCCUUCAACAAAUUGGAAAUUGAAGCUCAGCAGAAAAAGCUUGUAAAACAGAUGCUGAAACAAAAACAGAGGGAAGAAGAAAAAGAGAGAGCAUUUCUAGAUGCAAACACCAGCAACAGAACUAAGAAGCUGAGUAGACUGUCCUCUGUGGCUUCGUCAGUUACAACAUCUGAUACAAUCCGACCAGCAGUGGAGAAGAUUGAAGAGUUUGUUCCUACGCUGCACUGGAAAUUCUCAGACUCUCAGGAACCAGAGGUUGGAGAAAAGGAGAAAAGGAAGCAGUACUUGUUGAAGGACAUCCUGGAUAAGGGUAUGUUUAAAGACGACACAGCGUUCAGAGCUUAUCUUACUGAGAAGAUAACACCUAAAAAACUGAUAUCAAGUAGUCAAGUGUUCUAUAACCCAAUCGCACCGAAAAACUCCAAAAGUAGUCGAAGUACUAAAAACAGUUUUGAUUCUUCCACCAGCAGUAAGUCGUGUAGGAGCGUAAACAGAUCCCAGAGUAGAGCCAACUUCGAUAGAACACGGCUAGUAAGCAUCAGUGAGAGACUGGCUGUUCCCUCUCGGAACCUGAACCGGAGACAGGCUGUCAGUCUUAGCAGGAAACCGCUGGAGUCUGCGGAGUCUUCUUCUAAUCAAUCAUUUGUUUCUUAUACCAAGUGAACAUACCGUUUUGAAACUGUUUUUCUGUUGGAGGAAGUAUAAAUCUGAUUCUUAAAGAUCUUUAAUCAAGGGAUGGAUUAGUACAUGUUUUUAUUUUAUAUUAAUAAACUGUACAUAACUUUGAAAUACACCGGGUAGCCCCUGUAGAGUUGUAGAUAUUGAACUGUAAAUACCUGUACAUUUAUCUUGAUUACUAUGUACAUGUAUUAAGCUGUUACCAUGGUUACCACAUUUUAGGGGCAGCUGGCAGCUGGGCAGCAGCUGUCGACUUAAAUUUAUCAUUAGUAGUUACUUUUAACGCUCGUAAGCUGAUUAUUGGUUGUUUAAUAUCAUUUUGGUGGGUUUAUCAUUUAUUUAAAUUAGUGGAAGUACAUUGGUGAAGAUAUAGGUUUAUUUUUGAUGUGGUGUGUAACCCUACUACGAAGUAUUAUUCAACUUAACGUUAGAGUGAACUUUAUGUUUAUAAUCCGCAUCUUCACAAGGACGAGGUGGCCGAGUGGUUAAGGCGAUGGACUGCUAAUCCAUUGGGCAAUGCCCGCGUGGGUUCGAAUCCCAUCCUCGUCGAAUUUUGACAAUGGUGGCAAUGCUAUGAACCAAAAGUAAUUUUGUCUUUAAUAGAACAAAGUUGUACAGAGUUCAGUUUUUAAUUGGAUCUUUCCUUACUUUUGAGGUUCUUCUUCGCUUAAAAGUUUCAAUUGAUGAACUUUUAUAAACAAACUUCGAGAUGUUUUGAGUUUAAGAUUUAAGAAUUUGGACUUCUAUUGCAUUAAAUGAUUAUGAAGUAAUAGUUUAAUUAUACCUGAGUUAAUUCCCUGCUGUUCGUGAUGUCCAAUCCGCCAGCUGUAGUAACUGAUCCCUCCAAGGGUUACCACUUGCUAUGAUAUUUGAUUGAUCAAUGUCGUGGUUCGUAAUCAUGCAUCCUAAUAUUUGAUUUGAGUAAUACACAUGUUGUAAUGGUCCAGGAAUGUAAUGAAAUCAGGGAACAGUGAGAGUUUGUUACGUUGCUAUGGUUACCAAGGUGAGAUUUGAUUUAUUACUCCCACUUUCUUGGGUCUUCUUUUGUAAAUGAUGCUAAAUUUUCGCCGAUGUAUAUGACGGGAGAUAUGAAAAAUGUUGAGGCUUAGACUGCACGAAUAAUUUAAUUGAUUAGUAUAUCCC